AUGGUGUUGGUGUUCUCAGGUGGAUUCUUUGAAGCCCUGGACUCCUCCACAGGGCCUGGGAUGUCUUUGCCCAAAUACUGUAGCAUGACAACAACCCUGAAGGCCCCUUGCUGGGACCGUGCUGCUUCUCCCUGGGACUUGUCCUUCACCUGUCCCUUUGCCCUCUGAGCUCCCUGGCUCACCAGGCACAACCUCCUCACAAGGUAUGUGUCUUAUCACCCAUGUCUCCACAUUGCUGACCCAGCAUGGCAGGAGCCUGGCUGGCAGGGAAGAGGUAGAGAUGCUGCUGACACAUGGGUCCUGGCAAGAAGGGAUCCAGAUGGCUUUUAUUACUGGGCUCAGAUAAAGCCUGCUCCAGAGGCAAGUCCCCACCUUGAAGUAUCUCCUGGCACACUCAUCUGGGGUGGCCCUGCUAUACCUGAUGUGCAUCAGCUGCACAGAGCAGCAGCCCAGCAGCACAGUGUGGCCUUGGAGGAAGAAGUCAUUCAGCUCUCACCACCCAUGGCACACUCACUGCGACCUGGGGAUAAGGUGCUGGCACCCUGGGAGGCAAAUGGACAGCGGUAUGGCCCUGGCACUAUUGUCUUGGGCUUGGAGACCAGAGACCCUCUGAAAGUAUCAAAGGAUGAAGAAAUCACUAUUCACUUCUGGAAUGGCAAGACAGCUAAAGUGCCCCUAGGUGGGGUCAGAUGGGUGCUCCCAGCUAUCUGGAAGCACCCCAGCCCCCUCCUCUGGGCCCCUUGUUGCUCUCUGCUGGGGCCGCUCACUGGAUGUGUCACCAGUGGGCUUCCUCUGGGUACUAUGUUCCUGUGCCCUCCCUGCUAUCCCCAUGCCUGCUGCCAGCUGCUGUGCCAGGGCUGCCUCUGCUGCUGUCCCCUAGCUGGAGUCACUUGGUGGCCUCUAACCCAGACCUCAGAGGUCACAGCCAGAGAACUUCCAGAGCCAGAGCUGAAGCCCACAGCUCCACUUUUGCCCCUAGCGGGUCCUAAAGAGGAGGCAGCAGUGCACAUGCCCAUGGAUGUUUCUUCUUCUUCCUCCUCCUCUUCUGAAGAAGAGGAUUUGGAGAAUGAUUUGGAGAUGGGCCCUCCCCAAAGACUGAUGGUGAACAGCACAGUCAACACAGACCCCAACCAUCCUGAGAAGUCUCCAUGGCAGAGUGGCCUCUGCCAGCUGGAAUGGAGGUACUGGAGGAGAAAUGGCCCUGAGCCGCGUCCGAGGAAACCAGGAACAAGACGUUGCAACACAUCUGGAAAGAAGAAGACAACAAACAACUGAGAACCCCAACUAUACUAGUGGGAAAUACCAAGGAGCUAGGCUGGAGGAAACCAUUACGAAGCCACCACAGACCCUGCUAGAGGAAGCUGAACAUAAAAAC